AUGGCUGCUCUCAUCAGCGCGUACUCGUCGUGGCCCGAGUCUUUCGAGUGUCCUCCAGGAGACGGAGAGGUCCCCGACGCGCAUGGCUCGCACAGGACUCCCGUGGACAAGGCGCCGGAGCCGCGGAUCCGGCGGCCCAUGAACGCGUUCAUGGUGUGGGCCAAAGAUGAGCGCAAACGGCUGGCGGUCCAAAACCCAGACCUGCACAAUGCAGAGCUCAGCAAAAUGUUGGGAAAGUCGUGGAAAGCACUGACUCCCCCGCAGAAAAGGCCGUACGUGGAAGAGGCGGAGAGGCUGAGAGUGCAGCACAUGCAGGACUAUCCCAACUACAAGUAUCGGCCCCGCAGGAAGAAGCAGCUGAAACGCAUCUGCAAGAGAGUGGACCCGGGUUUUCUCCUGAGUGGCUUGGCCCCUGACCACGGUCCCCUGCCUGAGCAGCGAGCCCUCAACCACCCGCUGGACAAAGACGAGGGCAGCUCCAACGGAGUCGUCGGCGGCUUCUCCGGCUCCAGUCCCGCUCUGCCCAGCGUGAGAACCUUCAGAGAGCCCGCUGGCUCCAGCAGCAGCUUCGACACCUACCCCUACGGCCUGCCCACGCCUCCCGAGAUGUCGCCCUUAGACGCCAUGGACCACGAGCACAUGCCCCCGACCUAUUACUCAACGUCUGGUAGCUCUUCAGUCUCCUGCUCAUCCACGGCCUCCUGUCCAGAUGAGCACCGCCAGAGGCAGACGCACAUGAGCAGCCCACCUCCUUACCACACUGACUACACGCAGACCCAAAUCCACUGUGGGAGCACACACUUGGGUCACAUCCCUCACAUGCCCCCAACCGGAGGCGGCGGUGGACUGAUCCCUGGCCCUCCCCUGUCCUUCUACAACUCCUCUUCUUUCCCGCAGAUGCACCACGGGCACCACCAGGGCCACCUGGGUCAGCUGUCCCCCCCACCAGAGACUCAGGGUCACCUGGAGACUUUAGACCAGCUCAGCCAAGCUGAGCUCCUGGGUGAGGUGGACCGUAAUGAGUUUGACCAGUACCUGAACUCCACUGGGGGUGGGUUCCACCCAGAACAAGCCGGCGGCAUGACUGUAAGUGGACACAUCCAGGUGGCGUCGGCCACCGCCGCCUCUGCCGCCGCGCCGUGUCCCAGUAGCACCACGGAAACCAGCCUGAUCUCCGUGCUCGCAGACGCGACAGCGGCCUACUACAACAACUACGGCAUCUCAUAAGAUCGCUGUCGCCCUUACAGAUAUGAGACUGGCUUACAGGCACUCAAAGACUGUAGAGAUAGUUUCAGAGAUGAAGGCUUAUCUAGCAGGUUUUUUUUGUUGUUUUUUUAGCAUCCUAGGAGCAACUUUCUCCAACCCUAAAGAGCUGAACUGACUACUGAGCAAUAUGUUUGUCUGGAGCCGAGUGUGAACAACAAGCAAUCUGAGAAGCGUGAGGAUAUGGAGAUGGACACCUCAGGGACGCAGACAGAGACUACCAUAGAAUGCCACCUCCAGUCAUUAGAAAACGCCUAACCUUAGUGCAACGAUUGUAAAAGGCUUGUUUAUUCACUCGUUGAUGUAGCCACUGACGCAUGUACAGACGCUCUUGAGAAGCUAAUUUAAGUCCGUUGAUGUUUUUGUUGCAUAAAUGUAUUGCUAUUAUCGUUGCUCUUCCAUUUGAAUGUUGGCUUUUUUUUUUUUUUUUUGAUCACUCUCAUAAUUUUGGGAGACUUACCUCAGUAGUUGUGAUUGAAAACGUUUCAGCUGAACACUUCUUAUGCAAUUCAACUAAAUUGUGUAUGAAUAAAGAAAGGAAGGCAAUUUUUAACAACUUCUCUGGUUAUAUAGUCAUAUAGUCCAUGUCUUCAUUGAAGGUUAUUCGUAACUUUAAGUAUAUGCUGAAUUAGAUUAAUGGAAGACUUCAAAAGUUUGAUUUUUAUAUUAUGACGAUACCACUAGACACCAAAUGUUGUUCAUUGUUAUUAAAAGAAAAUCCUGGAGAUGACUGAUAUAUACUGAGAUGCCACCAUAAACUGACUAGAUGCCUAGAAUAAAAAAUAAAUAAAACCAUUAAACAUUA